GCCCGGAAAAUAAGCCGGCUCUGGCUAGUUGGGCGACAUUAACGCCGAAGAUAUUCUACUCUACGGUAGUCGUGUGCUCGCUUCUCUUCCUUACACUAGUGAGGCAAAAGCUACUUUCCCGAAUUCGAGUGAAGACCAGACUCUUCCACUGAACGCGAAUAGGACUCGGACUACACUACCAAAUGAGAAUGGGGCGCAGGCUACUCUGCUUAGAAGGAAUCAAACGCUAUCGGGUCCGGCAUCACUUGGAGUUAAGGAACCCCGGGACCGAAACUUCAUUCCAGAGAUGGGAUGUACACCAGGCUACGCAGUACCUUGUGACCUGCCGUUUGUCCCUGUGUAUGAUCCUCAUAGUUUUACUCGGAGCCAGUCAAGCGUCAGCAGAAACCCAGCAACGCCUGAGGAAACGGCAGAGUCUGUGUCCCCCAGGACAAUUCCUGCAUAUGACUAAGACUUCCGAAACAACAUUAGAAGUCUGUUCUCCUUGCCCAAAUGGAACUUUUACCGAGUUCCCCAAUGGUCUUCCGUCCUGCAUCCAGUGCCGAAUCUGCAGGACAGACCAAGAGGAGACCGUCCCGUGUCACGCCACCCACAACACCAAGUGUCAGUGCAGAUCUGGCACCUUCUGUCCAAAAGAGCACCCCUGCGAGAUCUGCAGAAAGUGCACAUCAGAGUGCCCCAGAGAGAUGGUUGAAAAGAACCCUUGCAGCCCAUCAAGUGACUUGGAAUGUCAAGAGCCAACAGGCACAAGAAAUGAUGGGAUUUGGAUAACAGUAGGAAUAUUUUUACUCUUUCUGCUUGUUCUUGUCAUUUUUUGCUGCUGCAAAAGCACUCCUACUACAGGUUCCAUGAAUCCUUUUGGCAUCAAGAGCUAUUUAGUAUCACUCUUGCAGAGAGGUAAUCACCCAAGGCCUCCUGAGGCCAGAGGUGAUGAGCCACUUGAGAUGCAGAAUCUCUCUGGAAAGCAAAGAGAAGAGCAUGAAGAGCUGUUGGAAGUUAGAACCAUUCCCAUUCCUGAGAAUGGGUGUCUAAUGGAGCCGGCAGAAGCAAUGACUCCUCAGGCCAAACUAUUUCCAGCUAAUGGUGACCCUAUUGGGACUUUGCAGAAGUCUUUUGUUAUCUUUGCACAGAAGGUACCCUGGCAAUACUGGAACCAGUACAUGAAUCUGCUGGGGCUGAGUCCGAAUGAGAUUGCAAUGGCCAAAGAAAGUGAGAAUGUAAUCGACUAUCCACACAGAAUGCUUACGAUGUGGCAGCAGAAAGUCGGGAAGGCUGCCACUGUGGACAUCCUGCUGGAGACCCUGAGUAAGAUCAAGCUGAAAGCUGCCAGAGAGUCCAUUCAAGAAGAGCUCAUCCAUGAAAAGCUCUAUGUCUACAAGGAAAGUGAGCCAGAGAAAAGUCUAACAUAAGAGGAGGGCUCUCAGAUAUAUUACCUUUCUCCUCCUUCUGAAUACAUUUGACUUCGGGGAGCGUAACCAGGGAUGAAGGAUACACAAAGAAUCUUUCUGACCUCCAAGAUUCUUUCUUCUAAGGACCCAGUGGCCCUCCUGAGGCAUUGAACAAAUUGAAGAUAUGCGCAUGAAUAACCCUUGAGACCAUAUUUGUAAAAACGGAAAAAUGGUUGCUUUCUCAGGGAACUUUGAAAACAGAGAAUCAAGGGCCUAUUUUACUCUUGGGACUCUCUACUCUUAAGAAAGAAAUAGGGAAUAUUGUUGCUUUGAAGUUCUAGGGCUGUGUUGGCAAAUCUACGGCAACACAUGCUGGAGGGGACAGCUCACCUGCCCCUCUCCACACAUGCCUGAGAACAUUUCUCUCAUAACCUGCCUCUCUGCCCAUCAGCCCAAUAGGAUUGCUUCCUCCCUCCCCUGUCUGGGGUCGGGGGAGACUCACAUGCAGCGUGAGGGUUGCAGUUUCUAAAAGGUUCAUCAUCACUGCCUUAGGGUCUAGUGGCUCCAAGGUGAUAGAGGUGUACAGGGGCUCUGAAGGAACUAUUUUUUUAGUCUUUAGUCACUUUACUCUUAGACUGAGGUGCUCCAAAUGACUUUAUAGGGAACAUUUAGAGAAUAGUUUCUCUUGAAAAGGGAACAUUUGCCUCCCACCUCCUAAAGUCCUGCCACACUCUAAUGGCUUAGAAUUUUCCAUGUUUACAUUUUUUUAAACUUUUGUUUUUUUAUAUAGCGGGGAGGGGUGUCUAUUUAAUUUUAAAUUUAUUUAAAAGAAUAAUAAUUUAAUGUGUUGUUCAUGUGUAACUUUUGCCAAUGUUCAAGGCUUAAAAUAUAGUCAGUGGGGGCAGCUAGGUGGCUCAUUGGAUAGAGAGCCAUGCCUGGAGACAGGAUGUCAUGGGUUCAGAUUUGGUCUCAGACACUUCCUAGCUGUAUGAUCCUGAGCAAGCAACUUAGCCCCUUACCAUUCUUCUUCCUUGAAACCAAUGUUUUUAAAAAUUCUAUUUAUUUCUAUUUAAUUUUUUUAGUAGGUUUUUUUUUUAAAUCCACUUUUUUUGGGGGCAAGUCACUUAACCCCCAUCGCCUAGCCCUUACCACUCUUCUGAAGGUAAGGGUUUAAAAAAUAGUGGGUUUUUUUUUUUAAUUCAAUAAGUAUUAUUUUGCUGUGGCCUGAUAAGCAUGGAUACCUUCUUCCUCAAGAAAAAGGAGGAUCUAGACAAACCAUGUUAUAUCUAGCUUUAACCAGCAUUCAGUCAUUUUGAGUAUUAACUCUACUUUUCCUGCACUUUGAACAAGUAUUAUAUAUAUAUGGUAUAAUUUCUCAAUUUAUAGAGCUGGGCUGGACCUUUGAGCAGCCUGUUUUCUGGCUAUCAGUCUUCUGGUCAUUAUUGUUUAGGACAUGAAUGUUAGUAGAUUUUUAGCAAAAGGGAUUUCUUUUUUAAGUUUUUAAUCUCUUUAUAUGCCUAAGAUAGGUCUUGGGUGGAUCUUCUGUUUACCUUACCUAGCCUGUCUCCUCCAGCCAGAUGAUAGUUGGAGGUGCUAGGUAUACCCCCCAAAGGGUGCACACCCCUAAGCUGGGGUUUUUUUGCAGAGAAAUCUGAAAUCAUGUUCUGCUGCUCAGCUGGGAACUACUGUGAAUUUCGAUUCUUCCAGAUAACUGUGAGUUAGCUGAGUUAAUCCCCUCAUCUACAAAGGGGAUCCUCUUGUUAAGAGACAGGAUGGCAAAAUGUUUUGUUACUAAUAUAUAGAAUGAAGAUAUUUCUUUUCCUAUCUCAGAACCAGCCCAGGAAGCUCAACAUCAUUCUGGAAGAGCAAGGCACAGCAACAAUGGCAUUGUUGUACAAAAUAGUCAUGUAUUUAUGAAUUUAUGAUCAAAUUAAAUAUGAAACCUUGUAUAAAAAGAGG